AUGGAAAAUCACGUGUUUCACAACAAAACGAUGUGGUCGCGCAAGCAGUCUGUCUGUAGCGCUCUUAGUGGAGUCUCCAAAGGUGACGAGCCUCUGGCAGCUGGUAUCCGAGUCUACCCAUUUGCUGUUGCCUUAAGAGUUAGAGUAUUGCAGAUCGUCUGUGGCAUCGGUGGUCUGGUGGUCGGUGCAGUUGGAUGGUUGGAAGAAAAACAAAAACCAGCGCUAGGAUUAGGAGUACCCGCUGGAGCCAUCACAGUUGUAGCUGCAACGACAUCAGUCUACUUUAGUCGUGGUUUCGGAGGUUGGAACACAGCGAGAUCCCGGACGUCGAGAUCUUGGGGAGCGCCGUGGCGAGUGCUGGGACCAGCGCCGUGCGCCGCUGUGCCACUCACCGCGUUGUGGACAGUCGCUAUAGCCGCGCAUAUAGCAAUGCUAGCGAUUUGUAUAAGAACGCUGAUGAAUUUAGGCUGCAGCAGCACAACAUGUGUUGGAGUUGCGGUGGCGCAGCUCGUUGUUUCAAUAAGCACGUUGGCUGCGACUGUGUACAUGCUGCAAUUGGACCUCAGGUUCGAUCCCGCCGUCACUCCACCAAGACCUUCCGACGCACAUAUCUGUACCGCUGUUUCUAUGGUACCGCUGACAUCAGUAGCAGUGAAUAGCGGUAACAGUGGAGAUGGAGAAGCUGGGAGUCCGUUCGGGAAUAACAAGAACCCGCAAUCGCCACAAAUAGAACCCACUUGAUAAAGUUGUUCUACGUAGAUUAACUGCCGAACCCGAUAAUCGAUCUGAACAUAAUUUUGAUUAUCUCAAACUUUUUUUAGAAAUAUUUUCAAUGGAUUUGCUUAUAUACACGUAACUAUAAAAUCUCUAUACGUUUUGUACGGAUCGUUUAUUGGAUACGGUUGAAAAUGCUAGAGAUACGAGUAGAUGUAGGCAAAUGUAUAUUUUAUAAAACAAAUAGGAAAUAAGAAAAAUGCUUUUUGAAUCGAAAUCUUCUUAACUCUACACAGCGUGAAAAUAACCGUCCAUUUUCCUUAAUGAAGAUGUAACAUUCUA